ACCUACUUACCCGUAAUGGGCAAGCAACUUCCACUCCUUCACACAAAAUGCUGCAGCACCACAUUCAGAACAACUGAAGAGUCCAGUCGAGACGAGCAUUGCGUGGACAGUCACACGAACAGAAGCACCAUGAAGCUGCGCGGAAAGGAAUUCUUUUGCUUUCUUUCGACUGUGCUGUUUGCACGUGUUGCUGCAAAAAGUGACGCACCCAUAGUCCACACAGCGCUUGGGAGCCUGAAAGGUGAAUAUGUGAGUGUAAAGGGGAAGGAGACUGGGGUCUAUGCCUACCUGGGUGUCCCCUUUGCGAAGCCACCUGUUGGCCCUGCUCUGAGACUGGCUCCACCCCAGGAUGCGGAGAGGUGGGAAGGGGUGAGAGACGCCACCAAGCAGCCUCCCAUGUGCAUUCAACAUAAACAGUUUGUUACAGAUCUGCUUGAAAUGCUUGGCAACCUGAAGGCAGAGGUCCCAGAUGUCUCAGAAGACUGCCUUUACCUUAACAUUUAUACUCCUGCAAGCAGAGUUCAUGAUGUGAAACUCCCAGUGAUGGUGUGGAUCCAUGGUGGAGGGUUUGCUUUGGGGUCAGCUUCAAUGGGAGAUGGAUCUGCCCUGGCUGCUUAUCAGGAUGUGGUUGUAGUUCUGAUCCAGUAUCGCUUGGGACUUUUGGGCUUUCUCAGCACAGGAGACGAGCACAUGUCCGGUAACUUUGGCUUGCUGGACCAGGUCCAAGCCCUCCGCUGGGUCCAGAAUCACAUUCACAACUUUGGAGGAGACCCAUCCUCUGUGACCAUAUUUGGAGAAUCUGCUGGUGGAGUGAGCGUUUCCCUGCUGCUUCUCUCACCACUGACUGAUGGCCUGAUCCACCGAGCCAUCGCUGAAAGUGGCACCGCUGCCAUAGAUAUGAUGGUGUUAAACGAUCCUCUACCCACGUUAAAGGCUGUUGCUAAUGCAUCUGGAUGUAGCUUGGAGAGCACACAACAGAUCACAGACUGCAUGAGAAACCUUGAUCUUGACACAUUUUUGAUCCUGGCGAAGGAUGUAACAAUAAGAAUUUCUGUAAAUGUCGAUGGAGCCUUCCUGACCAAACCUGUGGAUGAGCUGUUUAAGAAACAUGAAAUUCUGAAUGUACCUUUCAUGACUGGUGUCACUGAUCACGAAGGCGGCUUCUUACUUCCUACUUUCAUGGCUCCUCCAAACUGGACUGAAGGAAUGGACCGGGAGCAGGUUGUGAGCUGGUUAUCCGCCUUCAAUCCCGAUCCUAAAGAUUCCAUCAUCACAGAUCUAAUGGUAGAUGAAUAUAUCGGAGCUGGCGAAGAUCGUGUGAAAAAUCGAGAUGGUUUCACCGAGUUACUCGGAGAUCUCCUGUUUGUCAUUCCUGCCUUAAAGACUAUAAAUGCUCACAGAGAUGCAGGUGUCCAACAUUUGUACUUGUAUGAAUACCAGCAUCCCCCUCAAUUUUUGCAAGCAAAAAGGCCAAGCUUUGUUGGGUGUGACCAUGGGGACGACAUUUUCACCGUGUUUGGCAUUUGCUUUACAACAACCCAUGUCCAAAUUACUGAGGCAUGCCCAGAAGAGGAAGAACAAUUUAGCCGGACCGUGAUGAGUUACUGGGGAAACUUUGCUCGCACAGGAUCUCCUAAUGGGGAUGGCCUUGUUCACUGGCCAAAAUAUGGAGGAGAAGAACACUUCUUGGCAUUGAGCACAAAGCAGGUGACUGGUCAGCACUUGAAGGCGGAUCGUUUUGUCUUCAUGACUCAGAUCCUGCCGGAGAAGGUACGACGACAUCAAGAGAAGAAAGAGCACAGUGAACUGUAGUGGGCCCACAUUAUUUGGAUAUUACACAUACUACUACUUCUAGUGAUGAUGAAGAAAAUGUCAGUGCCUAAUAAAGUACAGUUUUUAAGAGGAUACUUUAUUGAUCCCGCUGGAAAUACUUAAAAUUCAAUACACUGUAUGAACGUUUCAGAUAAGAACAUUUCUUAUGUCAUUGCCUGUGGGAAUAUACCUGCACACUUUUAAUAGUUUCAAAGAUCCUAUAAAUACUGUAAAGAUGACAAUGGUAAAUAAAGUUUCAU